GGGGCGAUGGCGCAGGAGGCGGCCGAGCUGCUGGCGGCGGCGCGGGCCGAGCUGGCGGCGCGGCGGCUCUCGGCGGCCGAGGAGCUCUACAGCCGCUUCAUCGCCCGCAGCCCCCCGGGCGCCCGCCGCGACCUCGCCACGGCCCUCAACGACCGCGGGCAGGUGCGGUACCUGCGCGUGGAGUUCGCCGCCGCCCUGCAGGAUUACACGGCCGCCAUCGAGUGCCAGCCCGGCUUCGAGGUGCCCUACUACAACCGGGGGCUGGUGCGCUACCGGCUGGGAGACUUUGAUGAGGCCAUGCAAGAUUUCAGGAAAGUGUUAGAGUUAAACCCCCAGUUUGAAGAUGCUGCAUUGAGUCUAAAACAGACUAUUCGUGAUAAAGAAGAAAAACAGAAGCGGGGAUAUUGAACAUAGAGCUAGUGGUGUGAAAAUGUUCUGCUAAACAUGUGACUUUUGUCAUUGAUGGAUGAAACACGAGAUCGUUUACAUCUGUUAUGACCUACUGAAGAAACCUCAUUCUUGGGUAAACAAGUUUAAAAUGGAUAUGAUUGCAGAAUAAACUGUGUUUGGUUAGUGUUGAGGAUAAGUAUAAUGUUGGAUCUCUGUGAGGCACGAGUACAGAUUUUGUACAGAAAUACCUUGUAAAGAUUUUGGAAGCUCAGUAGUGGCAAAUGAAGCCUGUAGUUCUCUUACUAAAACUUCUUUAUUUAUUCACA